CAACCAGGAAGGAUAUAGCAAUGUCCGGAGUAUUUUCCUGUUGUGUGUGCACUAUGAAAUCACUAUACUCGGUGAAGCGGAGUUAGAACAGAUAACGUUAAUCCGCUGCACGAACGGGUUUAACAGGUGAUACAUUGAUUACAAAGGAGACACAUGUUUCCUAUCUAAAGCUUGGAACGUUGUAAAAUUGAAUAGGGAGAUAUAUUUUACGCAAAUUGCUUUAUUGGUCAAUAACCUGGCAAUAGGUGGAAGGUUGGAAUAAUAUGAGAAAACAAGCUCGGCAGGUGCAUCAAUGUCUUUGUGGCUUUGCAGUUGCUGUAACUAUCGUUAUUGUAACAAAUCCGUAUUUAAUAUUUGAUAUGGAACAAUCGGGACGACCGAGUGCUGGUCUUACUUUUAACUCCACAGUUGUGUCAAAGAAGACCUUCUUUUGUUCUACAUGCAAAAAUAAUCGUGGUCCGAAACGAUUAGUAUCGGAUGUCGAUUGUCUACGAAUAAUAGAGGGAGACGAAAAAUAUAUACAAAGUGUCAAAAAUGUAAUGGACAACAAAAUAUUUGCAUUUAAAAGUGAUGCAGAAAUGGCGGAUGUAAGUGAAAACUGUGAAACGUUUCUAAGCAAAUAUGAUUAUGGGAACUUUAAUGUGACCAAGGAAGAACUGGAAUUCCCCAUAGCGUAUAGUAUAUUGACGUACAAAGAGGCCAUGCAAACAGAACAACUUCUUCGAUCAAUUUAUCGACCUCAUAAUGUGUAUUGUAUUCAUAUAGACAAGAAAGCACCUCCUUCUUUACAUCGAGCGAUAAAAAAUAUUGGAAAUUGUUUACAAAAUGUGUUCAUUGCCUCGAAAUUAGAGGAAGUUAUAUAUGCAGGAUUUUCCCGCCUACAGGCAGAUUUAAACUGUAUGUCAGAUUUGCUCAAUUAUCUUCAUGUUUCUUGGAAAUACUUAAUUAAUAUUCCACAUCAGCAAUAUCCAUUGAAGACAAACGCCGAGAUUGUUAAAAUUUUGAAAAUAUACAAUGGUGCUAAUGAUAUCGAAGGCAUAACGACUCCAGGGAGAAUGUACAGGUCACGGUAUCUUUCUUCUUUCAAAUUAGAAAAUAAAAACAUGGUGAAUACUGGGAAGAAAAAGGAUCCGCCGCCACUUGGAAUCAAAGUCGUGAAAGGAAGUGCGUACGGAGUGUUCAGCAGGGACUUUGUCAACUUUGCGCUACACGAUAAAAUGGCGAAAGUUGUUUUAAAAUGGUGCGAAGAUGUUAAAAGUCCUGAUGAAUAUUUCUGGGCUAUAUUGAAUUUUAACAAGGUUGUUAAUGCACCUGGAGGCUACUUCGAUAAGCCUGACAAUAAGCCGUGGCUGGCGGUGUACGCUGCAUGGGGAGGAGUAAAUUCCUGUCACGGAAAGUUUAUUAGGGGAGUGUGUGUGUUUGGAAUUGGAGAUCUCACUGAGCUGGUGUCCAAAAGAGAACUGUUUGUGAACAAAUUUUAUUACAACUACCAACCAUAUGCUCUUCAAUGUUUAGAAGAAUGGCAUAGAAACAAAUCAUUUAGCAAUUUACCAUUUGAAACACAUUUUUAUAAAACAUUGCCCUUUAUCAUUAAAACUUCUUAACUCUGA